AUGCCAAUAUCAUUUCGUUGGAUUAAUCAACCAAAACGAAAAACAAAAAAACAUGAUGAUAAGAUUGUACCAGUGUUACAAUCCCCAACACAUGGAGAAAAAUUCCAUCUAAAAUGGGAUAUCUCGAAUUUUGAUCCAGAAACUAUAAAAACAACAAUUGAAGGUCGUCUUUUAAUUAUAGAAGCAAAAACGAAUAUCAUCAUACGAAUAAUGACAGUACUAAAGAAAAAAAAAAUAAUAAUCGACUUACCUGAAAUUGUUUAUGAACAUGCUGCAUCAUAA